AAACAACUAUUUGUUGAAUGCCUGGUUACCUAGUAAGUAGAACCUCGUAAACCAAAGAUGGCGUCGUCAAAAAAUGAUGUAAAAAACGUAAAAAUACCCCGAGGAAAGCCUAAAUCCGGACGAGUUUGGAAAAGCGAGAAAAAGAAGAAGUCCACUGUGAUUAAUGUCAAACCACUCCACUCAUCAUGGAAGAAAAAACAGAAAGACAGACUGCAACUGAAAUUAUUGAAAUCUUAUGAAAAAGAGCUUAAAGACAAUGCAAGAAAUGCCAAGGAGGAAAGAAGGAAACGGACUAUGGAAAAGCAAAAGAGGAGAGAGGAGAAUGAAAGAAAGUCCCAAGUAGUCCAAGUGAUUAAAAACACUUCUAAAAUCAAAAAGAUGAAGAAGAAGCAGCUGAGAUACAUAGAAAAUAGAUAGAAACAUUUUGUACCUAUUUGUAUAUGUUUUUAGAUUGAAGUUUACCAAGUUUCUCAUCUCAUCAAAAGACUGAAAGUUUUUUAUAGCUCUGAGGAGAUAUAUGCCUUUGUUCAAUAAGUUUUACACACACUGCCAAACCAAACGAGUAAGGGUAACCCAAAAUAAGGAGUACAGAGGGUUAAUCCACAGUGACCAUUGAUAUUGGGUUAACACAACUCGCUAUCUUGAGUAAGCACAACCCUUGGUUUGGGUUAACCUGACCCAAAUUUUGGGUAAGCGCUGCUCGUUACCCAAAGAACUGGGUUACGGUUACUCAAGAUUUGAGUUACGACAACUCAUUGGGAAUGAAUCCAUAUUAACCCAUUAUAUUGCGAAAAGAGCCCAGUUACCCAAAUUUUUGAUUAAGCGCUACUCGACCAUUGCGUUACGACAACUCGUUGAAAUUGCAAUCAUAUCUAAUCAAAUAUUUAAUACAUCAUUCUAGUUCUACUAGCAUAAAUCUAGUACAAGAAAAUGCCAACACAAUAUCCCAACUCCAAGGUUUAUUUAGAUGUUUUUAUUGGGGCUUGUUAACGUGCAUAAACCGAGCUCUCUCGGAUGUGUUAAAUACAAAAACUUAUCUUGCAUCAAAAUAGAGAACAUUUUGAAUCUGGGCAUUUUCAUACAUUUUCUUUUUGGACUGAUUCGUUAUGAAAUUCUGAAUCAAAUUGUGUUAAUAAAUUGAACUUUGAUAUUUGA